AUGUCUGCUCCGUCCGACACCUCCCACGACACCCACGACACCCACGACGCACAGCAAGCCGCACGAGACGCGUCAUCUGGAUUCAGCUCCGCUUCCCUGCCAUGCAGUCCGCGCGCCAUCGUUCAUGCAGCCGGGCCGUCCACGCUGGCCGGCGAGGCCCAGCGCACGCGGUUCCUCCGGGCGUGCGACAGAUGUCGCCUGCGCAAGGUCAAGUGUGACAGCAACAUGCCCUGCGGACGCUGCACCGCCGAAGGACACGAGUGCGUGUUGGGCGAUAGGCCGAGCAGGCUGUUGACGUCCCAUCCGACACGGCCUGCCAGCAGGGUACACGAGGAGCCGAGCGCACGCGCACCAGGACAUACGGCUGCUCGCCGGUCUGUCGAGCCCCCAAAGCCCGCUACAGCAAAACGACGACGCAGGGCAUCGGGAGAGAUGUCGCCCUCGGCCACGGUGCUGCUCUCAGAUAGCACCACGCACUGGUAUUCUGCGGGCGAUGGGACUCAGCACUUUGCCGGCAGCACCUCGGGAUUGCCUGUCUUGGAGAUGGCGCGCCGACGGAUCAAGGACCAGACCAACGCCGUUCCGUCCCCGACCUCGUCGCAGUCGGCGUGGGAUUACCUCGCCCAGCUGCUGCGAGCCGAUCCAGACGAUGAACCCCGGCCGUCCGACGAGCCAGGGGGCACACCGGGCCAGGGUCUGCCAGAAGAGCCCGCAUCCCAGCCGGCUACCGGCGACAUGAAGGUGUUCGACAUGGUCACCGCCGUCAUUCCAUUCGACCUUGUUGCAUCUCUACUGGACACCUUUUUCUUUGUGAUCCACCCCAGCUGGCCGAUUCUCCACUCCCCGACCGUGUUUCGCCAACUGGAAGACUGGUCCGACCCGUCAUUCGGCGCCCUGGUCGUGUCCAUGUGCAUGCUGGCAUCGCGGUACUCGUCCGACCCCCGCGUCCUCGCCGAUGACGGUGACCCCACAUCUGCGGGCAUGCAGUAUCACGCGCUCCUGUCACAGCUGCUCGGCGGCGAGAAGAACACGAAGCUGUUCGAGCUCAUUGCCAUCUUCUUCGCGUCGCAGUUCUUCUGCAUGAACAACGUUCCACGGCCGCUGGCGCUGUCGUACUUUGGCACGGCGUUUUCAUACUGCAUCGAUGCCGGCUUCCACCGUGACUUGCCGCGCCACAUCCCUGUGGAUCCGAUAGAGAGGGAGAUGAGAGCUCGGAUAGCGUGGUCGAUCUACUGCUGGGACAAGCUCCUGGCAGCAGUCUUCGGGCGACCCCCGUGGCUCCCCUUAGGCGACAUUGACUGCGACGUCCCCGUCCCGUUCGGCGACGCGCUCACCGACGCCAGCCCGCAAGCCGCAGUGCAUGACGCCGAGUACGUCGAGGUCUUCAAUGCGCUCAUCAGUGUCUGCGCCGUCCUCAACAUGGCCCUGAAGGCCGUUAACCACCGCCCCCUGUACCCCGGCUCGCCAUUCCUCAACCAGCUGGCCAAGUACAUGGCCCUCCAGAGGUGCGAUGACGCGCUCCUCACCGACGUCGAGGAGCAUCUGGACAUGUGGCGUGCUCAGCUGCCCGCCAGCCUCCGGCGCAGCGGCGGCUCCUCGACAUCGACCCCUGCCCUGCCCCCGCGGGACCCGCCGCUGUCCGUCGCGGUCGAACGUGUGUGGUGCACGCAGACUCUCAUCUGCAUCCUCGUGCACGCGCGGCGCUUGCAGCUGGCCCAGGCGACCAACGCGCCCAAGCAGCACCACUACCGCGCCCCAGUGGUCGCGGCGGCCAAGACGUUGAUCGACGCGCACGUCCAGCUCGGCGCCGCGCACAUCCUGCAGUACUGUGACAUGAGUGAGUUCACGCCGCACACGCUCCGCUCACGCACAGUGGUGGCGUACGAGAUCCUCGUGGCCGGCCGCCUGCUCGUCGCGUGCUUCCUGGGCGCGCAGGCGGGCGGGGGUGGCAAGGAGGUGCGCGAAUGCGAGCGCACCAUCGUGGCUGCGUCCAUGUUCCUCAAGAUGCUCGGAGGCGUGCUACCGAUCGCGCGCGCGUGCGGGAUGGACGUCGGGCACCCCCUCCCCACCGCGGACACGGAGCUCCUUGCCGGCCGUGCGGCGCGGAGUCGCACAGCCAGGGAGCUGGGCGGUGUAGGCCUGCUUGGCGACAUGCUUACACUGAGCAGUGGGAUGCCCCCCGCAGAUCGUGCGGAGGUCGGGAGCAGCCUCGCGCCGCCGUCCGUCUUCGCCCACGGCGUGGGUGCACUCUCCUCCACCCUCGUCGAGGCGCAGGCCGCCGCCGCCGCGUUCAGCAGCAGUAUGCCCUCUGCGGGCCUGGAGCAUGCACACGGCCUGCCCGACUUCGACUUUAGCUUUCUCUUCCCCGCCCCCCAGAUGUAG